GGAUCAUUGAAAAUAAAGGGAACUUUUAAUUUUCAAGAACAUAGACGAGAACAAGAUACCCACUCCACUUUACAUCUCCUUAUCUCCAUAGCGUAAGAAAAUACUGAUAUCAAAAAUCGAAUCAGAUAAAACAGCGAAGCCCUAUUCCUUCCGACUCGAUCCCAAAAUCAAUAAACAGAUGUGAUGUCAAAGGAAGAAGAAGACAAAUGCGAGAGACUACAGCGAGCGUUACUGGAGUGCCACCGCCGUGCACCGUCCGGCCCGGGUCAAAAAUUCGCCUGUCGUCAUCUUAACAACGCCUUCGCUGUCUGUGUUGUUUCUCUUGCGUGCCCUGAAGAAUCCGAGGCGGUGCGCAACCUCUGCUCCAGCGCUGGUACUGCUCUUAAGCGGCGGCAAUGUCAACAGGCUCAGAUUUCUCUCUCGCUUUGCCUUGAUUCUCAUUCGAAUCCCUAACCCUAAUUGGAGCCCCAAAUUGUUGUGAAUUACUAAAAGCCCCUUGUUUGUUUGGUUAAGAGUUUAUUUGUAAUUAUAGGUUUGUAAUAGGGUUUGUGAUUUUUUUUUUGUUUGUAAUUGUUACGGUGAAUGAAUACAGAAUGAUAAAAUAAUAUAAUUAUUAUUUUAUAA